AUGGAUGUUGUACGCCGACCUAAUCUCGAUCUUAGUAAUUCUUCACCCAUUUCAUCAAUUUACACCAAAACCCCUCAAACACCAACCUCUUCAACUUUUCCCUAUAAGUACCGAUUAUCUUCUUCCAAUUUCAAUGGUUACCAUAGCAAGUGUAAAGUACCAACACCACCUCAAGCUUUACCCAAGGCAAAUUCGAAUGAAUCAGUUGAAUCCAAUAAGAAAUUGAUUGAUUCAAUCGCUAAAGGCAGCAGACGUAACUCUGCACUAGCAACACUUGAUGGAAUUGAUGUGAUGGGAAGCAGAUUAGCAGAUGAGGUGAUAUCUGUGAUAGAACGCAAUCCUAAAGUUGAAAAGAUAUCAUUUAUAGGUCACUCACUUGGUGGCCUGAUAUCAAGAUAUGCUAUUGCUAAGCUCUACACACAGAAUCAAACAUACCAAGACAGAUCUGGAAAAAUUGCUGGAGUUGAGGCUAUUAACUUUAUUACAGUUGUGACUCCACACCUUGGCUCAAGAGGACACAUACAGGUCCCAAUGUUCUGUGGAGUCAGAGGCCUUGAGAAAGUAGGGUGCCACAGUUCAGUGGUGGUUAGAAGAACAGGAAGACAUCUGUAUUUGAAAGACAAGGCUAAUGGACAGAGACAAACCCCUCUCUUGGUUCAGAUGGCCAAUGAUUCAGAACACCUAAAGUUCAUAUCCGCAUUGCAUUCGUUCAAAUGCCGUGUUGUUUAUGCAAAUGUCCAUUCAGACCAUCUUGUGGGAUGGAGCACAUCAUCAAUCCGUCAUCAGAUUCAGCUGCCUAAGAUUAAAAAUCUUGUGAGAAGUGGUAGAUAUCCCCAGAUUCUCAAGGAAGAUGCAAAAAAUGUCACAAAAUAA